GGUUGUGUUGAUGGUUUUUGUUUCGUUUCCUCUGAAGGACUUUGGCUUCUCAAACCCGAAUUCGUCUCCUGGCUGGAUGAAGAGGAAGAAGAAAGUGAGAUAUUUGUCCAGGGAGCUGCUGAAAGAGAGGAGAGAUCAAGAGGGGUUGAGAAGGGGUGUGAGAAGCAGACGAAUGGGCCGGAAAGUUCUAGAGACGUGGAACUGUGUGGUGAGGCUUUGUUGAGAAGAGCUGAGCCAGAAGAUGCGCUCGGUAGCGCAUGGGCAGGAGGCGCCGAGGGGCAACUGGGGAGCCGCUCACAUGAAAGCCGAGUCCGGUUCCUUAAUUGCCUGGAAGGAUAUGGCAAGCCUGAGGAUUAUUUGGCCCAGCUGGGAAUCUUCCAGAGCGAGGGAGCUUUCGAAAGCAUGAAGGCCUUCAUGCAGAAUCCUGACCUCCUUGUCCCGAACCAAGCGAGUCUUCCGGGACGGAGGACGCACCAAUGCUUGGUGUGUGGGAAGAGGCUGGCCAGCCGAGGGAAGCUCAUCAUCCACGAAAGGACGCACACGGGAGAGAAGCCGUUUGCGUGCUCCGACUGCGGGAAGUGCUUCAGCCAGCAGGCACACCUCAGCGGCCACCGGAGGACCCACACGGGGGAGAGGCCCUUCCAGUGCGCCGAGUGCGGAAGGAGCUUCAGCGACAGGACCUCCUUCAAGAGGCACGAGAGGAUCCACACGGGAGAGAAGCCCUACGAGUGCACAGAGUGCGGGCGCCGCUUCAGCGACUGGACGGCCGCCAGGAGGCACAUCGCCGCCCAGAUGCGCACCAAAGCCCACAAGUGCGCGGAUUGCGGGAAGGGCUUCCAGAACCUGGAGGAGCUCCUGAAGCACGAGGAAGGGCACCCGAGCGACAAGCCGUACACGUGCUCGGUCUGCGCCCAAGGCUUCAGCAAGGCGCAGUACCUUUUCAGGCACGGCAUAACGCACGUGAGGGAACGGCGCGAACAGCAGCAGCAGGACCAGAGAGGCUCCCCUCGCGAAGGGGAAGCAGCCGCGCAGGAACCACCGUGUGCACUAGGGAGGGGCGCGAGGUCCGAGCGUGCAGCGAAGGUUCGCUCGCCAAGUGCGCCCUGAAACGCGCGGCAGCCGGGAAGGCCUUUGGGUGCUCGGAGUGCGGGCGCAGCUUCAGCCAGAGGACCAACCUGGUCAUCCACUGGCAGACACACACGGGGGAGAAGCCCUACGAAUGCGCCGAGUGCGCGAAAUGCUUCGGCACCCGGACGUCUCUGCGGAGGCA